AUGAAGGCAGAACAUGAAGCAUUAAUUGCAGGGCAUAAGGCUAGCAAGCAGCAGCAGAGGCUAGACGAGAUCACCUUUCGACGAAGCUUUGGUUUGAAUCAAUCCUUCCUCAUCUGCUACAGAUGUGUAUCGCUUGGUUAUCAUCCUUCUGAACAGUGGCUGCUCAAAAUCAUUCUCUUUUUUUAUUUUUUUCGACUUUGCUGUUUAGUAGUUGCUGUGUACUCAAUCUGUUGGAAACAUUUUAAUCAUAUUACUCUAGAGGGUAUAAGAAAUUCUUUAAUUCGACAAGAGGACAGCAUCAUAUUUAGCCUCCUGGAGAGAGCUCAAUAUUGUUUCAAUGUUGACACAUAUGACCCUAAUGCUUUCUUCAUGGAUGGGUUCCACGGCUCGGUUGAUUUCAUGGUCAAAGAAACUGAAAAGCUUCAUGCUCGGGCUCUCUCAAAGAGAAUUCAUUAUGGUAAAUUUGUAGCAGAGGCCAAAUUUCGAGCUUCACCAGAUGCAUAUGAAGCUGCCACUAGAGCACAAGUUUAUAUUUUAUUUUUCAGAUGCACUGGGUGCAUCCAAUCCUUUAGUAUAACUUUUUCAAAACCUUGUGUGCUGAAACAGGUCAUGAUCACUUUGAUUUUGUUAAAUUGUGGUGCUUGUGAUUUUGCAGGACAGGACUCGACUGAU